GGGCGCGGGCGGCGCGGAGCGGCGCGUCCUGCGGGAGGAGCGGAGCGAGCGGAGCGCCGGAGAGCGGCUUCUGGCCCCGGAGUGGCUGCGAUGCGGGUCAGGAUGAUUUCAGCUGCCUCCGUCCUCGUCCUGCUCUUCCUGCCCUCGGAGACCUGCUCCCCCCUGAAGUGGCCCCGGGGUCCGUCCCGCAGGCUGACCCUGGCCCCCCAACUCACCUGGGAGUCCUGGAUGGGAGCCCCGCGACCCCCGGUCCCUGCCAUGGAUCCCCUGCCCCAAAGACUGUGCCAGUUCCAUGGGGCAGAGCCCACCCCGGCCCCCCGAGCCCGGCGGGGGCUGCAAACCGGCAAGAGGCGAGACGGAAAACCCAACUCGUUGGAUCUCACCUUCCACCUCCUGCGCGAGUUCCUGGAAAUGUCCCGGGAGGAGAGACUGGCCCAGAAGGCGCUCAGCAAUAAACUCUUGCUGCAGAGUAUAGGAAAAUGAGGGAGGGUCGUUGGAGGUGGGGAAAUGAAGGAGACCGACCCCGUAACAAGACACCACGGCAGAGCGGAGAACGGGGGGGAUGCCGGGGGCUGCAGCCGUGCCCAGGGAGUCCCCACCUUGCCUGGCAGUGUUCCUGUCACUGCAUCCCACGUGUCGCUGUUGUGCAUUAAAGUCACACUUGUACCUGC